AAAGAAGUUUUGUUUCUGAGAAGCCAAGGAAAUGAGUCGACAACCAUUGGUGGAAGUAGAGCUGUUUAUCGAUGGUAAAGGGCCGGAGCAUGUUUUCAAGGCCCCGCUUGGGGGCUGGGAUCAGAACCGGCUCGACUUGGAACAGAUCAUGAUCGACUACAAGCUGCGAGCAAUCUAUGCCUACUCGCUGAGUAGUGGGCGAGGCCAGCGGCUGCGCUACAAUCCCAGGAAUGGCCUCUCGAUGCUUCCUUACUCCGGCAAGAGCGAUAGCGUCAUUCGACUCGAUGGCGAUCCAAAGAGGUCGCGGCUGGUGCCAGUGAUAAAAAUUGGUGUCGGAAUCGGCUUCAUCGUCGCGAUGGUAACUUGCAUCUUUGUGGAUUUUAGUAGGGACUGGAUCCAGGCUCUACGCAACGCAAGCGCUGGGAGGAUGAUGCUGGUGGUUUGUUUCGUCACCAUGAUCAUCCUCCAGAUCUCGAGGCAGGCCAGGUCUCACAAGAAGAGGCUCUAAGAUCUGGAAGUGAUAGACAAGUAAAAAGCUUGAGAAGUUUUACUCUUUUACGCAUCACUCCUCUUUUACGCAUCACUCUCUUCGUCUGGGAGGUAAGUCAAGCGAAAGAUGGGAUGGUUGACAGUUCGAACGCCCUGUAAAAGAGUUUCUUGAUGGGUAAAUAAAGUCCUCUUUUUUUUA